AAUCGAGGCAGGAACUCUUGACAAUAUAAAAGCAGCACGCAAGUGGCUGGGCAGACACCAGAAAGUCACUUCUUUUGCCUCCAUCUGACUGCCCUUCGCCUCUUCAGCAGCAUGAGAGUGACAGCCUUUGUCCUGCUCUUGGCCCUGGCACUAAUCUAUGUAGAAUGUGCCCAACCUAGAAAACCGGUUGAUUGUAGUAAGUUUAAAAAGUUACCACCAGGAGAAGAGAGACAGUGUUAUGAAUUAUACGGACCAAUUUGUGGAUCUGAUGGCAAAACUUAUGCCAAUGAUUGCUUCUUUUGUGAUGAAGUUCAGAAAACUGACAACAAACUUAAAUUUGGACGUUUUGGGGAAUGUUGAACCUAUCCUGUGAUUCCAUUCACAAGAGGCACAUGUCUUCUCCCAUAUGAUCUUGCCACCAUUGUCUUGAUUUCUUUGUAGAAUAAAGUAGACCUGAGUGAAAUUAA